UUUUUACUGUGUGUUUUGCCGACGUGGACACGUGUGCGCUUUCGAGCACAAACGAGCAGUAAAAUGGAGUUGAGGAUCGUGCUGCUGCUGCUGCUGCCGCUGACGCUGGCGCUGCUGCAAGGCGAGGCGCGAGCGGACUGCGGCUACCCAGGCGCCCCGGCGCACAGCAGCGUGCGCUUCGCCGGGCCGGAGGUGGACGACGCGAUCGACGAGGAGGACGGCCCGAUAAGCGGGCCGAGCGGCGCGAGGCUGCACUUCGCCACGGGCACCGUGGCCACCUACGCCUGCGAGCGGGGUUUCGAGCUGCUCGGCCCUGCCAGGAGACACUGCCAGCAGGACGCCACAUGGUCGCCCGAGGGCGUUCCCUUCUGCGUGCUGAACGUGGCGGCCGGCAAAGCGCCGAUGCAGUCGAGUCGCUCGGAGAGCGGCAUCCCGCAGCUGGCGGUGGACGGCAGCAGCGCGCAAGCCUACUCGCCGAAGACUUGCACGCUCACGACCCCCGAGCUUCGACCUUGGUGGUACGUCAACUUGCUCGAGCCCUACAUGGUGCAGCUGGUCAGGCUCGACUUUGGCAAGUCGUGCUGCGGCGAUGGCCCAGGCACGAUAGUCGUUCGAGUCGGCAACAAUCGGCCGGACCUCGGCACGAAUCCAAUAUGCAACAGAUUCACGGGUCCGUUGGAGGAGGGCCAGCCGCUGUUCCUGCCGUGCAACCCGCCGAUGCCGGGUGCCUUCGUGUCCGUGCACCUCGAGUCCGCCUCGGCGAGCCCUCAAGCCGUGCAGCUGUCGCUCUGCGAGGCCUUUGUCUACACCGACCAGGCGCUGCCGAUCGAGCGCUGCCCGCAGUUCAGGGACCAGCCGCCCGGCUCGACGGCCACCUACAACGGCAAGUGCUACAUCUUCUACAACCGGCAGCCGCACAGCUUCCGCGACGCGCUGGGCUUCUGCCGCGCGCGCGGCGGCACGCUCGUCGACGAGAGCAACCCGGCGCUCCAGGGCUUCAUCUCCUGGGAGCUGUGGCGGCGGCACAGGAGCGACACGUCUAGCCAGUACUGGAUGGGCGCGGUGCGCGACCCCAAGGACAGGACGGUGUGGCGCUGGACCGGCAGCGGCGACGAGAUCAGCGUGUCGUUCUGGAGCCUCCCGCAGGGCACCGACGAGGACUGCGCCAGAUACGACGGCAGCCGCGGCUGGCUGUGGUCCGAGACGCCCUGCAGCGCGCGGCUCAACUACAUCUGUCAACACCAGCCGAGGGCGUGCGGCCGGCCGGAGCAGCCGCCGAACUCGACGAUGACGGUGACGAGUCCGCCGUCGGGCAAGGAGCCGCCGCGUAACUACCAGGUGGGCACCAGCGUGGAGUACAGCUGCGACACCGGAAGCCUGCUGAUCGGGCCCGCCCAGCGCACCUGCCUGGACACCGGCUUCUACAACGAGUUCCCGCCGGUCUGCAAGAGUAUCGAGUGUGGCUACCCCGCAAGUAUCAAACACGGCGAAUACACCCUGAUCAACGACACGGUCACCUACCUGAGCCAAGUGCUCUACACGUGCGAGGAGGGCUUCGAGAUGACGGGCCGCGCGCGACUCACCUGCGACAUCGACGAGCGCUGGAACGGACCGCCGCCGCGCUGCGAGCCCAUCAGGUGCGACCCGCCGCCGCCGGUGGCCAACGCCCAGAUCCAGGUGGACGAGAUCGACAUCGAGGACGCCAAGGCCGCCGCGGCGCCGGCCAACGGCACCGCCCGCAGCCUCUACGUAGGCAGCAUCGUCAUCUACACCUGCGAGCGGGGCUACAGGCUGAUGGGCAAUCGGCAGCUGCUCUGCCAGACCAGCGGCUCCUACGACCGCGCCGCUCCCGCCUGCGUGGAGGAGGCGCCGAGCACGGCGCCCCCGCCGUCGCCGAGGCCCGCGACGGCGCGCGCGCCCGCCACCCGCGGCCGGCCCUCGCUGGCCACCCGAGCGCGCGGCACGCCGAGCACGCCCACCAGCACGCAGCGGCCGACGCCGCGCGCCAGGCAGCCGGCCACGCCCGCGGCGGCCGCCGAGCAGCCGGCCAGCGUGCAGGAGACCGCGGCCAAGCGGCCGAGCGUGGGCCUGCAGCGCCCGGCCGGGCCCGGCCCCAAGCACGACCACGGCAGCGACCACCCGCAGGACAACGAGAUCUCCGGCAGCGGCGUGGACAACGCUCACGCCGAGCUCGGCGCCGGCGUGCCCGAGCCCAGCGGCCCCUUCCGCGUGAACCGCGCCGACCAGCCCGGCGCCCACCAGGCCAAGCUCAACCUCGGCGCCGUGAUCGCCCUCGGCGUGUUCGGCGGCUUCGUCUUCCUCGCCGCCGUGGUCACCACCGUGGUCAUCCUCGUGCGCAGGAGCCGCGGCCGAGGGAGCAAGCACUACCGCCACCGCGCCUCGCCGGACUGCAACACCGUCGCGAGCUUCGACAGCGGCUCGUCGGGCAGUCGCGGCGGCCUGAACCGCUACUAUCGGCAGGCCUGGGAGAACCUCCACGAGUCGGCCGGCCAGAAGGGCAACGGCAGCGUCAGCCACUCGGCGCUGAGGCGCAAGGAGACGCUGGACGAGCCCGGCUACCGGGACAACUAUCGCAACGAGCGCGACGGCUCCGAACUGGUGGUCAGCGACGCUUACAAGAGCAACGGCAACGCCCACGCUGCCAACGCCGACAAGAAGAGACACCACCAUCACCACCACCAUCACCACUCGAAUUAUCAGCAGUCGCACCACAGAUACUGAUCCCGGUGAUCCAUUGUUUUUUUUUCUCCGUCUUCUUCGCAACGUAUUGACUAAACCGUCAUGUCUCAUCUCUAUCCCUCUUUCUGUUUUUCUUCUCCGCGUUGUAAAUAUUUCGAUGAAUAUUAAUUAUUGCAUAUAUUAUUAAUUAGGUCGAUUCCGUUUUUCGUCAUUGAUAUGUUUCAUUGUUAUACACACUCGUGUGCGCGUUUAUGCGAGUGUUGAGCGCGGACUGGUCGGACGACAUGCCAAAAAGCACACAAGAGUUGAUAUUAUAUUAUUUUGCUUGCUGACGAGUUUUCACGUAUAUAGUAUAUAUUGUGUCAGCUUAAACAGAUAUCGCAUAAUAUAUAUGUUAAUGUAUUAAUGUAUGUACAUCAAAACGGGAUGUGUCUUUUUGUCUUUCAUUAUCGGCUAUAUUAAUCAAAUUGUUAUACGAACGGACAGACACGAGUUCAGUAUAGAUAUUGUUGCAAUUUUAUGCUAUCCAUCCAGUGUAUUAUGUAAUCCACUUUUAUCUUCCCCGAAGGUUUUCGUCGACCCAUUUGUGUAGCGUUUUCAAGACUCUUUACGGGCGUUUUUACAAAACUUUAUCUCAUUAUUUGCGAAGAAUUAUUUAUGACUGGAAUGGACAUCUUGGCCUUUCCUUAUAAAUAUAUUUUUUAAAAAACGGAAUUGAUUCAAUUUUCACGUAUAAAGGAGAGGCCGACGUUAUCCAUUUCAGUCACAAAAUUACAUAAUUAUAGUCUUAAGGGAACAAAAAGAAUCUGACGAGAACAUAAUUUUUAUUAACUUUUAUGAUUUUAUUUACGUCUAGCACUGUUACUUUAAGAUAAUUAUAAUAGAAUUAUCGUAUUUCAGAAUUGCAGAAUUACUUCAUUUUUUCGUGUCAUGAAAUUCAAAUUAUUUUUCUCUUCCUUCGAUAGCUUACAUAUUUUAUUAGAAAUGCGUGACCUGUUCUAUUACUAGAUUUAUAAUACUUAAAACUUUCCUCUGUAUAAAACUUACGAAAAAACUGUUGGCAACUUGUACAUGGUAGUGCCAUUAACGGCAAUUUCAAUCGUUUCCGAUUUUCUUCGAGCAGUUCUAU